AUGGAGUACGACACCUUCACCCCGACUCAAUACAACACCAGCGAUCCUGCCUCAUUCGCCCACACUUCGGCGCGCGAACGAUGGCCGAUCAUCCUCACACAGGGCAUCGACGACGUGCACAAGUCGACGAUGGCAUCGAACGAUGAGGAGACGGUGAAGGAAGGCAAGCAGGUUGUCUCGGAGCUGGCCAAGCUCAAGUACGAGCUGCAGCACGACCGCGAAGUCACGCCUAUCCCGGACGAUGGCGAGUCCGACUUUGAGGCCUACAACCAGGAGCUGGCCGCGCGUGGAGGACUCAAGUGGCACAGCGCGCCGUGGCUGUACGCCGAGUGCCACCUGUACCGACGCAUCGCCAGCAUCUUCAAGCAGACCACACACUGGCGUUCCUACGACAUCUUCGCGCGCCAGAAGAUGGCGACAUUCCAGUCAUCGCGCCCCGCCGUUCUCGAACUCGCUGGCCGCUACAAGGACAUCGUCACCGAGCUGCAGCAGAAGCAUACCAUCAAGGGCGCAGAGACAGAGGAGAAGCUGCAGGCUGCCGAGGAGAUCCUGUUCCGGGAGAUGUGCGAGAUCUGCCUGUGGGGCAACGCGACCGAUCUCUCGCUCCUGACCAACCUCUCCUAUGAAGACAUCCAGAAGCUGCAGGGUUCUGAAGCGCGCAAGAACUCGGAAAAGAACAUUCUCGUCAACGACCUAGACAAGGCCUUCAAGGUACUGACGGCCGCCAAAAAGGCCGGCAAGAAAGACCGCCGUGUCGACAUCGUGCUUGACAACGCCGGUUUCGAGCUGUUCGUCGACCUGAUUCUGGCCGGAUACCUCGUCGCCUCUGGUCUCGCCACGUCGGUCGUCUUCCACCCAAAAUCCAUCCCGUGGUUCGUCUCCGACGUGCUGCCCGCCGACUUCGCCGCGCUUCUUUCCGCACUCGCACAGCCGCAAAACUUCUACAGCACGCUCUCUGACGAAGACAAGACAGCCGGUAAGACACCGCAGCCACUCUCAGAUGUAGAGCUCGCAAACCUACAAUUCUUGUUCCAGCACUGGACGAGCAUCUACGCCGAGGGACAACUAGUGUUGCGUCCCAACGACUUCUGGACAGGCGCAGGCAGCUACUGGCGCCUACCCGGUACAGCGCCCGAGCUGCACGAGGACCUGCAGUCGAGCGAGCUUGUCAUCUUUAAGGGCGAUUUGAACUACCGCAAAUUGACAGCCGAUGCGGCAUGGCCAGCUACCACGCCAUUUACCCAAGCCAUCGGACCGAUGGGCCCCGGCUCCGGCGUCCGUGUUCUUGCGCUGCGCACCUGCAAAGCCGACGUCGUCGUCGGGCUGCCAGAGGGCCGCGACGAGGAGCUGCUGCAGAUACCUGGCGGCAGCACUGACGCUGGCGGGCGCAAGUGGGCGUGGAGCGGGAAGUGGGCGGUUGUACAGUUCAGCGACGGCAAGGAGUAA